ACCCUUGUUGAAAAAUGAAAAUGGAUUCGGUUGUAAAACCGUCAAUAUAUUCCCUCUCUCCAAACCCCUCUCCCUCUCUCUUUCCAAACACACCCAUACUCGGAAAGAGGGAGAAGAUAGAACCCCACCUAAACAGGAAAUUACAUGCAAAACCACAUUUUUUUUCUGUAAAAUACUUAGGGUUUUAACAUAUUGGGUUGUCUGUGUUCUUUUACCCCUUUCAUGAAUUGCAAUCCAUGUUGCUGCAAUUUCAUGGUGGAUGAAUGGAUUUUGAGGUUUCUGCGGCCGAUUGUUUGGUAGCCCUAUUAGCAACUGUUUUCUGUGGUAUUCCGGAGGGUCAAGUUAGGACUGAGCUGUUCCAAUUUGCGCGGAAAUUGGUGGUGUGGAAAUGGCUGUGCAGGUGAAUGAAGGUGCGACUGAAAAUGGUGGUGUGGAGAGACAGUCGGGGGAGUCGAUGAUGGAGCAACUGAUGCCUGAGAUCACUUCGCAUGCCCUGAGUUACUUGGAUUAUCGGAGCCUCUGUUGUCUCUCCAUGACAAAUUCGCACAUGCGCAAUGCUGCCAAUGAUGACUAUGCCUGGAAGGCGCUUUACCGUAAGGAUUUCACUUCGGAACAAGACAGUGUAACCCCACCUAAUGGGUGGAAAGCAUAUUAUGCUGCUACAAGAGCUGUUGUUACGACAAAUGCUGAAUUUUUUAGGAGGGUCAGGGAAAGAAUGGUUCAAGUGAUGGGGAGCAGGCAGAUAUUACUUGGCAGGGAGGAUGUGGCUGCUUUCCGGAUACAAGAUGUGAGGGUUCGUGUAUUGUCAAAUGUGGCUUGGCUGACGAUGAAAGUGUAUCUUGAGAACGUACCUGGUCUGUUCAAUAUGACGAAUAUAUAUGAAUUGCGCGAUGGAAGAUGGAACAUGGUGCACUACCACUCCUCGGAUUUAGUGUGGAUUGGAGGAGGUGGGCAUGGCCAUGGGCAACAACCUGUGCAUGUGUAGAGGAAGUAGAAUUAAUUCAUCAUAGUUGAAAGAAAGAUGUAUUAGGGGGAUUUUAUGAGCUACUAGUAUUUUUUUCUUCCCCUCUCUUUGAAUUCUCGGCUGAUUUUAUGACAAAAUGCAUGCACAGAGCAACUUUUCUU